AUGUCUGCGCUGCCGUGCUCCGCCGCGCCGAGCCUCAUAUCCCGCGCCCUGCGGUCGUCGAGGCCCUCGCCGCGCUGGACACGCCUGCUCAGCACGCGCGCCGCGGGGAUAUCGCCGCCCUCGAGGGCAGGCCUUCCCACCGCCGUGCCCUCGAGGCCGGUCAUCCGCCUGCGCGGCGCUCUGCCGGGCCCGGCCGCCGGCGCCACCAGGAGCAUCUUUAUCCAGACUGAAAACACGCCGAACCCGGACGCUCUCAAGUUCCUCCCGGACCACCGUGUCGUUCCCGACAACGUCAACGCCCCGUUCAUCGAAUACCUGAACCCCCGGUCGACCAUCUCGCCGCCGUACCCGUCGGCGCUCGCCGCCAAGCUCAUGAACAUCGAUGGCGUCAGGUCCGUCUUCUACGGCGCAGACUUCAUCACCGUCACCAAGGCAGGCGAUGCGAACUGGGCGCAUGUUCGGCCCGAGAUCUUUGCCCUGAUCACCGAGGCAGUCACGUCGGGGGAGGCCAUUGUCAGCGUCGCCGAGCGCAAGGAGGGCGACGGCAACGUCGAGGAGGAUAGCUUGGCGUACAACGAAGACGACAGCGAGGUUGUGGGCAUGAUCAAGGAGCUGUUGGAGACGAGGAUUAGACCUGCCAUCCAGGAGGAUGGGGGAGACAUCGACUUUAGAGGGUUCGAGGAUGGCUAUGUCAAGUUGAAGCUGCGCGGGGCGUGUCGAACCUGUGAUUCGAGCACGGUAACGCUCAAGAAUGGGAUUGAGGGCAUGUUGAUGCACUACAUCGAGGAAGUAAAGGGCGUUCAUCAAAUUCUGGAUCAAGAGGAAGAAAUUGCCAUGGAAGAGUUUGCCAAGUUUGAAGAGAAGCUAAAGCACCACAAGGCUGCACAUGCACAGCAAGUCUAG